AUGAGGAAGGUUAUUGUGGUCGACGACACUCAUUUAUACGGUAAGUACAAGGGAGUGAUGCUAAGCACGGUUGCACAAGAUACAGAGAACCAUAUUUAUCCCAUUGUCUUUUACGUCAUUGACAUGGAGAACGAUGCAUAUUGGACAUUCUUCUAUGAGAAGCUGAAGUCUAUUGUGGUCGAUGGACCAGAUUUGUGCUUUAUCUCCGAUAGGCACAAGAGCAUUGCCAAUGGCAUCACGAAGGCAUACAAUCAUGCGCAUCACGAGUAUUGCAUGAGGCACCUAGGUAAAAAUCUUUGGGUAAAUCACCACUACGGAGAACACCUCUAUCUAUUCUACAAUACGGCGAAGGCAUAUUCUUCUGAGGAGUUUAGCAACCAUUUUGUGGAAUUCAAGAACUACUGUCCUGAGGAAGCCUUUUUCCUUGAGCAUGAGCUUGGUUUUGGGAAAUGGAGCAGGCAAUAUUUCCCCAACAACAGGUUUAAUGUGAUGAUCAAAAAUAUUGCCGAGUUGGUGAACUCUAUGUUGAUUGCCGAAAGGGAGUACUCCGUGGCAUCCAUAUUCAAUUCGAUUGAUAAGAGGUUUGGUGAAAUAUUCAGGGAGAGGCGUGUCUACGUCCUCAAAUAUAAGGAUAACAAAUUUGUGCGUGCCUCCGAAAAGAUCUUAAAAGAUAAUAUGAGCGAGGGCGAAUCCUUCUAUGUGGAGAAUGUAAGCGGGGAUGAAAGAAAAUUCACUAUGUUCAACAGUGGUUGUACGGCCAAAGUCGACCUACUGGAAAGGUCGUGUUCUUGCUGGAAGUUUGACCUGGUCAAAAUACCAUGCGAUCACGCGAUGGCCACUUUACGAUUGAAGCACGAUGAAGAUUAUGGUUUGAGAGUCUAUGAUUACUCUUCGCCCUAG